AUGCGGUCAGGACAGCGGAUAGUUAGUGAUGAGGAGGAGCAAGUUAUCGGCGUGCCAACGGCCCAGGUCACUAGUAACAUGCCAGUCCUUGGUCCCAGCGCCGAUUCAACUCCACUUCGAGGACUUCUGAUCGCCAUCUUCAUCCUAUUGUCCCUACCGCGUUGUCGCAGCACGGAUCUAGGACAAUGCACUACAGCGUUGGGCAUGGAAAGCGGAGAAAUCCCCGAUGAAGACAUCUCGGCAAGUUCUAUGUACGAUCCCAGCCUCGGACCGAAACAUGCCAGGCUACGACAAGACAAGGGUGGCGGCGCUUGGUGCCCGAGAAAUAUGGUAACCAAGGAAGGCAAGGAGUACCUGGAGGUGAAUCUGCACACUCCGCGUUUACUGACGUCCACCAAGACGCAAGGCAGAUUCGGCAAUGGCAACGGGGUCGAGUACACCGAGGAAUACUUCGUCGAGUAUUGGCGGCCAGGGUUCAACAAGUGGGUGCGAUGGAGGAAUCGACGUGGCAUAGAGCUUUUGGUGGGCAACAACAAUCCGUAUUCGGAGGAGGAACAAAUCUUCGAUCCAACUAUAAUCGCAACAAAAAUCCGUUUUAUCCCUUAUACCUCUCAUAUGCGCACAGUAUGUAUGCGCGUAGAGCUUUACGGCUGUUCAUGGACAGAGGGUCUCGUUUCGUAUUCCAUGCCCCAAGGAAUCAAGAGGGGUUCCGAGGUUGACCUUUCCGACAGGACGUACGACGGCCGCGAAGAAGCGGGUUACCUCUCCGGGGGACUUGGUCAACUUGUCGACGGGCAAAAGGGUCCCGACAACUUCAGAUUGGACGUCAGCGGCAACGGAAAGGGAUACGAAUGGGUCGGCUGGAGAAACGACACACCCAACAUGCUUGGACGUCCGGUGGAAAUAACUUUCGAGUUCGACUACUCGAGGAACUUCACUGCCAUACACCUACACAUGAACAAUUACUUCACGAAGGACGUGCAGGUUUUCUCGUACGCGAAGGUCUACCUCGGCACAGGUGGCAAUCAGUUCAUCGGCGAACCUGUCCAUUUCUCUUAUAUACCCGAUCAAGUGCUCGAACAGGCGCGCGAGGUCACCAUAAAGCUGCAUUCGCGCGCCGGCCGCUUCCUAAAAUUGCAGCUCUACUUCGCCGCGCGGUGGAUCAUGCUCAGCGAGGUAAUCUUCGAAUCAGUUAUCUCCGAAUGGAACAAUACCGAGGACGAGGAGGCGAAGAACAAGAGCGCUAUUGUACUGGCGACCGGCAGCCCCUAUCAAAAUAACGAGGGUCCACUGCAGAGAGACGAAGUGAAGGCUACUUUUAAUAAGGAGGAAAGCAAAGAUAACACCUUUCCAGAUAAGAGCAAGGAGCCGGAAUCGAAGCAGUUUGUCGGUUUAGUUAUCGGCAUCCUGACGACCGUAAUUGUGAUGCUGCUCGCGGCGAUCAUGUUCAUCUUCUAUAGGAACCGUAGGCUCAAAGCUGCUCUCGCACCGUCAAACUUCUACGAUCAACAGGGUGAUCUCAAGGUCUCCGUGCCGGAGGAGGGCGAGGACAAGGGACCAAUUUGCCCCCCGCUUCCGGCGCAGUACCAUCCAGCCACCUACAGCACGACGACGCCGCAAUUACACAAAACCGUCACGGAUUACCCUGGAAUCAACGAGGUGCAGCCGGUUAUUCCGCUCCUGCUUAACUCAACGAUCAAUCUUGCCAGGCCAAUUCCGGCGGUCCAAGAAUAUCCGUCUAACCCACCACCCAUACCGCCCCCGCCGGAAAAGUAUUACGCCAGCACGGAGAUCUGUAAGAGUCCUCUACCACCACUGCCACCCUCGCCAACACCAAGCACCCCACCGCCAAUGAGCGCGAAAGCCUCUAGCAGUAUAACUAGCUACAGUCCGGAGGAUAUGCUAACGGAGGAAGAGGAAGAGAUACCUGAGUGUGUCCUUGAUUUUCCACGGGAAAAACUCAACAUCGUUGAAAACCUUGGUUGUGGAUACUUUGGCGAUGUUCACCUUUGCGAAGUUGACAGGUUUCCUGGAUACGACGAGGUUUUCAAAAAUACCUCCAGCGAUCUAGUUAUCGUUAAAUCCUUAAAACCAGGAUCUUCUGACGCUCUUAGGAUAGAAUUUCAACAGGAGGCAAAGAGACUGGUACGACUCGCCGAUCGAAAUGUCGCGCGGCUACUCGGUGCCAGCCUUGAGAACGAUCCCAUGUGCAUCGUAUUGGAAAACGGCGAAUACGGGGAUUUGAAUCAAUAUCUGCAGAGUCACAUCGCCGAAACUUCAAACUUGCACACGGCCAAGACGCUUAGUUUCGGCACAUUGGUUUACAUGGCCACGCAAAUAGCAUCCGGCAUGAAGUAUCUUGAGGAAAUGGACUUCGUGCAUCGGGAUCUCGCCACAAGAAAUUGUUUAGUGUGCCGCGGAUGCACGGUUAAAGUAUCUGAUUUGGGUAGCGGACGAAGCGCAUAUGCGGCGGAUUACUUCCGUGUCGAAGGACGUCCUCCAUUACCGAUUCGAUGGAUGCCAUGGGAAUCAAUGCUAAUGGGAAGACAUACUUGCAAGGGCGACGUCUGGGCGUUUGCCGUCACGCUGUGGGAAAUACUGACAUUCGCGCGGGAACAGCCGUUUGAGGAGUUUCCGGAUCAUCGAAUAGUGGAGAAUGCGACUUACUUUUAUCAAGAGGAUGAGCGAAGGAUGAUACUGCCACUGCCAAAAAACUGUCCCAAAGAGAUCUACGAUCUGAUGCGCGAAUGUUGGCAGAGGAAUGACGUCGACAGACCAAACUUUCGCGAGAUCCAUCUGUUUCUGCAACGAAAAAAUCUCGGUUACAAGCCCGGUGAGUCGAACGAUACUUGAUAUAGAGAACUGGAAGGCUGGAACCUUAUCCGGCUUUCUAUGAUCGGCGAAUUAAAUGGUAAUUGGUGGAACUGCCCUUCAUCGACCAAGCUAGACCAAGUCAGACCAAGUUAGUACCUAUAAGGGUGACGAUUCAUAAAUCGGCUAUAACGAACGUAAACUGUUUGUAAUGACAUGGUCGGACGCGUGUCCAUCGUGUCCAUAAUAACUACAUUGUACGGUGACACUUGGGUGCGAGAAAAAGAUAUAGGAGUCUACGAGCUGAUCGCGCCCAGAACUUUUCACGGUUCACGAUAUUAAUGUCCCUUUUUUUAACCGUCGCCAUACAUCGUUGUGAACAGCGCUGUGAAUUUAAUCGAUAACCGGUAUG